AUGAAGAGGGGGACGGAGGCGCUGAAGAAGGCCUCCGAGAGCGACGUCCCACGUUUUACCUCUGGGUCAUUUAUCAUAGGAACGCCGAAGCGGAGCCGGAAUCACCAGUCACAGCGGAAACGGAGUCACCAGCUGCAACAGAACCAGAGUCACCAGCCGCAGCAGAACCAGAGUCACCAACCGAAGCAGAACCAGAAUCACCAACCGAUGCAGAACCGGAGUCACCAGCCGAAGGAGCCGCAGUCACCAGUCAGGCGAACUGGAGUCACCGAAAUAGAAGCGGAACCAGGUCACAAGCCGCAGCGGAACCAGAGUCACCAAACGCAAAGUGAACCGGAGUCACCAGCUGCAGCGGAACCAGAUUCACCAGCCGAAGCGGAACCGAAAUCACCAGCCGCAGCGGAACUGGAAUCACCAACCACAGUGGAACCGGAAUCACCAGCCGUAGCGAAACAGCAGUCCAGCCAAAAUCAAAUCACGAGGAGCGUUAAAAUACCCAAAAAAUUUCACGGCACAUUCAUAGGUCACAAGGGCGCCCAUAUUAAACAAAUAGGCCAAAAAUACGGAGUGUUGCUGAAACUCAACACCUAUAAAAAUAAUAUCAGUAUCACCACCACAGCGGAACCGGAGUCACCAGCCGCAGCGGAACCUGGGUCACCAGCCACAGCGGAACGGGAAUCACCAGCCGUCGCGAAACAGCAGUCCAGCCAAAAUCAAAUUACGAAGAGCGUUAAAAUACCCAAAAAAUUUCACGGAGCAUUCAUAGGUCACAAGGGCGCCCAUAUUAAACAAAUAGGCCAAAAAUACGGAGUGUUGCUGGGACUCAACACCAAUAAAAACCAUCCCAAACCAGGUUUAUGCGACCACGUACCUCUUUUGGGCGACAUUUUACUUGCUAGAAAAAUCAAAAUUGAGAUGAAGAGGGUGACGGAGGCGCUGAAGAAGGCCUCCGAGAGCGACGUCCCACGUUUUACCUCUGGGUCAUUUAUCAUAGGAACGCGGGUAGAGGAGGCCAAACGCUACAUUGAAGACUUAAUCCUCCAAUGGUCACUCGCUUACUCCCUAGCCACAGCGGAACCGGAGUCACCAGCCGCAGCGGAACCUGGGUCACCAGCCACAGCGGAACGGGAAUCACCAGCCGUCGCGAAACAGCAGUCCAGCCAAAAUCAAAUCACGAAGAGCGUUAAAAUACCCAAAAAAUUUCACGGAGCAUUCAUAGGUCACAAGGGCGCCCAUAUUAAACAAAUAGGCCAAAAAUACGGAGUGUUGCUGGGACUCAACACCAAUAAAAACCAUCCCAAACCAGGUUUAUGCGACCACGUGCCUCUUUUGGGCGACAUUUUACUUGCUAGAAAAAUCAAAAUUGAGAUGAAGAGGGUGACGGAGGCGCCGAAGAAGGCCUCCGAGAGCGACGUCCCACGUUUUACCUCUGGGUCAUUUAUCAUAGGAACGGUACUAACCGAGCCACCAGCCGGCGGAGCCGCAGUCAUCAGCCGUAGCGAACUGACACCAGCCGAAGCGGAACCAGAGUCACCAGCCGCAGCGGAACCAGAGUCACCAAACGCAGCGGAACCGGAGUCACCAGCCGCAGCGGAACCAGAUUCACCAGCCGAAGCAGAACCGAAAUCACCAGCCGCAGCGGAACUGGAAUCACCAACCACAGUGGAACCGGAAUCACCAGCCCCACAGCGGAACCGGAGUCACCAGCCGCAGCGGAACCUGGGUCACCAGCCACAGCGGAACGGGAAUCACCAGCCGUCGCGAAACAGCAGUCCAGCCAAAAUCAAAUUACGAAGAGCGUUAAAAUACCCAAAAAAUUUCACGGAGCAUUCAUAG